AUGACUCCUGCUGGUUUGCUCGUGCCGGAAUUUCCCAUCCCGGGCUCGUCGCGCUGCUAUUUCCUCCCUUCGCCUCCACUUCCCCCUCCCUUCGCCUCCACUUCCCCCUCCCGUUGCCUCCACUUUCCCCUCCCGUCGCCUCCACUUCCCCCUCCCAUCGCCUCCACUUCCCCCUCCCUUCGCCUCCACUUCCCCCUCCCGUCGCCUCCACUUCCCCCUCCCGUCGCCUCCACUUCCCCCUCCCCUCGCCUUCACUUCCCCCUCCCCUCGCCUUCACUUCCCCCGCCCGUCGACUUCACUUCCCUCUCCCAUCGCCCGCGCUCCCCCCUCCCAUCGCCCUGCUCGUUCUCCCGUCGCCCUCUCUUCUCCGGCUCACCCUGUUUCCCCUGCUCCUUCUCUUCCCUCCGUCCCCCUCUGUCUGUCUCCCCUGCUUAUUCUCUUCCCCCUCUCCCCCCCAAUCCCCCACCCACUCUUCCUCAAGUUGUUGUCGCUGGUGCACUCGCGCCAUCGGUGAGUGUGGGGCAGCAGCAUCACCGGCGCCUCUGCCGCGCUGCUCCUCGCCUUCCCCGCCUGCUCUCCGCCAACCUCGCCUGCACUGCCCUCUCCCACCACCCGUCCAUCCCUCCCUCACCACCCUGCACCUCUCCCACUGCCCCCUCCUUACCAUUGGCUGCCCUCUCCCCUCCUCCCCCUCCUCUCCUCACUCCUCCUCCUCUUCCUCCUCCCCCCUCGCUCGUACCGUAUUCUCCCGGAUAA